GCUAUAACAAAAGUUACUGCCAGUGCCACAGUGCAAUCUGUGUACCGACCCCUGCGUCGCUCGAGGAAGAAGGGUGCAGGAACGCUAACCACGUGCACAGGACAAGGGAGACGUGAAGCUAUUCGAGAACGUAGUAGAAAGGGCUGAGCUUGUUUGUAUGCGAGCAGUUGGAAGUGAAACGUAGUAGAAAGGGGUGAGCUUGUUUGUAUGCGAGCAGUUGGAAGUGAGUGGAUUGAUUCAAAGCGUACAGCGGACCUGCUUUUUGAACCUGCCGCCUUUCUCGGCAAGGAUGCCUAAGAAAGAGUUGGAAGAGUUGCCCUUCAAGCUGCCUGCAAGCAGUUGGACUCAACACAUCCUGAUGCUGAAUUGGCCAUGCAUCCGCUUCAAAGCCUCAACAGACUUGCCGAAUAAUCCAUGGGAAGGGGGAGCCAUUGAGGACUUCAACAUAGUCGUAGAAGUGUUCAGAGUGAUACAGAAGGAUUUAGAAAGAACUGGACGUGCUCUUAAGAAGUCAGGCGGGGAGCUGAACAACAGGACACGAACUCAGGGCAUCAUCACUCUUCUCAACGAGCUCGCGAUCCCUAAUGAUCCCAGGGACAAUGGGGAAGGGAGUACGAUCUUCAAAGAAUCAGUUGAGCCCCCAGAACAGCCGGUAGGCCAACAUGCAAUAAAAGAUGCAGCACUGACGCCAAAGAAAGCCAAAGGCCCCGAAGGAGACCCGAAGCAAGGAUCGCCAGGGAGCUCCAGAGGGAUCGUCUGGGAGCACGAGAGCAGCGAGGGAGUGGGCCGGCAAAGCAUGGAUUGGAUGGGAAGUGUCAUUGACAAGGCGAUCCUGAAUGCAACCUCGGCGUACAAGUAUUCCAUCUGCGCCAAGCUCAUAUGGGAGAUGAAGGCACACUUGCUUGCUAACUGGGAAGACGGCCCUGGAGGCAGGUGGCAGCUCGCCAAAUACCUCAUCCUUCAUGCUAUUAUAAACUGGAUGAAGGAGCCCUCAAGGCAGUCUCCAGUGUUCGGCCUGGGAUUCGAUUUGAAACAGUGGGCAGGAGAGGUUUUCCAGCUUCAAGGGUUCUAUACAGUCAAGAAGGACGGCUUCCUCGACAAGGCCUCUCUGACAACCCUUACAAGGGAGGACAUGGACUGGGUGCAACAGCGUUACAAUUGGCAGAGGAAGGUCCUCAAGCGCGACUAUGGCCUGGCGGUGGAACCUGGAGAGUACCCCAUUGGCACUUUGUACAGCAUGACUCAGAUUCGUGCAUUCUGGCCAGACGAGGACAUGGCUGUGCGAGUCAAGUCCUUGCAACUCGUGGAGGGUCUUCUUCGGUGCUCGUUGGGCGAGCGAGUAAUCAAGUGGAAGUGGCACGACAUGAAGAGACGGCUUGACGACGUGGAGGAGCAACUCGAGCAAGUCAGCAAGAAGCGAAUGACCUUGCUUGAUGAUGAGAAUAUGCGGAAGAUGUUGAUGCAGGAGUAUUAUGGUAAUCCUCGAUCUGGGUAGAGUAAAUUUCGAGUCAUUGCAGGCGCUUCUCGAAGGCUUUGGCAUCGCAUGACUUAAGUUCCUGCAAUGAGCAAACCUUUUCAGGGUCCGCGUGUUUGACGUGACCAUUAGCUUGUUCAGCUUGCAAAUCGACCGGUCAACACAUGGUUCGUUUGUGCUCCUAUGACACUCUGCAACCAACUUUGAUGCUUGGGGAUCAUCUGCAUAUCUGGUGAACAUGUAGGGUCUUCAGGCUUGGUAGCAACCUAAGCCUUCC